CCCCGGAGGUGGCUGCUGGGCGGUCACGUAGGUUACACACAGUCACUCUGUCGGCGGAGCCCGCAGGCCGCUGUGCCAUCUCUGCCGCGGCUCCCCGAGCGGGGACCACCAUGGCGCGGGUCGGCGGCUGGAGGCUCAGCUGACUGCAGGCGCGAGGUACCGAGGCGAGCCCGAGCCAGCGGGCACAGAGCCAGCUCUGCCGGUCCAUCUCCAGCCGGCAAACUCUGCCUGCCAAACCCAGGGCCCUCUGCGGGAAUGUUCAAAAAUGAGUACCAGGGAGGCGCAUUUGUUGAAAUUUUUAGCGCUCAGGGGAAAAAUCCUGGAGCAAAAUGGAAGAUCUUGGGCAGUCCAUCUGUGAUCUGGAAAGAGUUUGAUAAAGAAGUUAAAAGCUUUGUAUUUGUCCUGGAAGGCAGCAGCCAAACCAACAGAAUCCAGUUGCCGAAGGAGAAUAAGCAAAUCCUUGGACUGAUCCAGAGGUUUCUUGUGCUACAGAUUUACGUGCCCCUGGGACAGGACUUCUCCACCGAAUUACUAAUUACUGACUUAGGAAACAUCAAAAGAAGGUUGUAUUUAUCAACAGUCCAUAAGGAAGUGUCUUCAACACCUCUUCACGCAAAAAUCCCACUCUUCAUGAUCAAGCGUAAAAUCUGGUGCAAUCUGUGCAUUGACCUGGUCGCCUUCACCAGUGAGAUAUUCAAAGGAGCAGUUUUCCAGUCGCUGGAUGGAAUUAUCGUCUCCGCUAACUGUAAGCUGCGGAAGAUCUUCACUUUGAAAUCCAAGCCUCGAGAGACGGCCGAUAGAGACGAUGAACCCACAGAUAUUAUUCCACGAAGCUGUCAACUCGCAACAGAUGUUCCACAUGUCACACAGCUGCUUAACAUGACAAAACUUCGCCAAACUGAAAUUAAAUUUGGAGGUCAUCCUCUAAGAUCUGCAGAAUCAGACCAGUUCAUCAGCAGCAGAGCAGGCAGUGUCCGGAGCAGUAAAAGUCAAGAUGUCUGCCACAUUGCCUUUGGGUCCAGGGUUCUUGGACCACCUCCACCCUCUGGCAGACGGAAUAACCUAAGGCUAUCCGCUGAGACAGUGAGAUCCAUUGGGUACAAAAAUAACCAGUCGUGCCAGCAGCCUACAGAAGAGAAGCAUGUUAACAGUGCAGACGCAUCAGCCUUGCUGAUACCUCCGUCUGAACAGCAAGGAGAGAAAGGAAGUUCUCACCCUGUGAAGCAGACCACGCCUCUGCCUGCCAGUCUCCCUACUCCGUAUCCACAUCCCCCUCGAGACCCGUCAGCAGAUAAGGGUAGCAGCAGAAGAGGACUGGGCCUAAGGAGCAGCAGUGGAAACAGGACCGAGGCGCGCUGUGGGAGUUCCUCAGGAAAUAGCAGGAGUGAAGACGACGUAGCCAUGGCCGCCAACCGUCUCACACCGCUGACGACAGAGCCAGUGAGAGCCAGCACUCCGGAACCCCCGGCUACUGAACCACCAGAUGAGUGGAUAUUCCCUGAAAGCGGUGGCCCGCCCUCCGGCCCAGCAAGUAGCAGUUCAUCUUUGCUCCUAGAUGGGGACUCCCGUACUGCAUCACACCUGUGGCUCGAAACCAGCAAGGACAGUGACCCUGACCAGGCAGAGGGAACCCAGAUGGCUCCCAAGGACAUUUUCACCUUUUCGUCCAGACCAAGAUCAGCGCCUCAUGGGAAGAGUCACGAUCUGUCCCCCAAGGGGUGCCCGUGUAUUCUGGACCCAAAAGAGGACAGCCAACUGACCAAGGGAGACACCGAGUUGGAAGACGAUUUUUAUGGCAGUGACAGCAGCGAAGAGGAAUACAACUGGAGAAACUAUCAGCCCAGCCAGAUGAGCGAAUCUGAGCUACAGAUGCUGGCAAGCCUCAGGCGGCAGCAGAAUGAAGACCUAGAGGACACCGGGGCUCCUCAUGGCCUGAGCGCAUCCCAGGUGGACAACUGUAAUGUCAGCAUCAGUACCAGCAGCGAUGACACGACCACGUGGAACUCCUGUCUCCCACCUCCUGUGAACCAAGGCCGUCACUAUCAGAAAGAAAUGAACCCCCCUUCUCCAUCUAACCCUCGAGACUGGUUGAACAUGUUGAGCCCACCAAUUGUCCCUCCCAGUCAGCAGCCGCUGGAGCAGUCUCUGGACUCCUCUGCAAGUUUGAGUAUGCAAGGUGAAGAGGACCCGAGUGCAGAAGAAGAGGAGGAAGUGUUGACUCUGUUGUAUGACCCGUGCCUCAACUGCUACUUUGACCCUCAGACUGGCAAGUACUACGAGUUGGUCUAGCUCCUUCCCCUGGAGAUGGAACAGAACAGCGGUGUGAGGUCCACAAUGGACACCGUGAGCACAGGGGCCCACGGAGUCAAAAGGAAUGGAGCUUUGUAAAUAGCAUUCAACGUUAGGAGCAUCUGCAUUCUCUUUAUAGCUGUGUGUGUGGCUUUGAAAGUUGUGAGGGAAUUAAUACAAACACCAGAUUUUAGGCUUUGAAUUUGUUCAGUUGUUCAUUCCAACCGUCUAAGUCUCAUUUCGUACACGUUGUGUAAGCAAAUUAGGAAUUACUCAUUCAAAUUUUUCCAGUGUUAAUCAAUAAUAAAUGACGGCUUGAUACACUA